AUGAUGUCGCCAGCACCUUCGACGAAUCGGUCGUCAGAAGAGUGUAUUGAUCAUGUAUCUUCGUUGGACUCUCCUACCCCUAAUGCCUUUAUUGGUGCUGAAGCAUACAUCGUACUUCAAUUACCCGACGCUAUGUUGCCAACUUCGACAAAGUGGCUUAUUGACAGCGGCGCUAACCAUCAUUUCACGAACAAUGUAGCUGCCAUUAUCACGCCCACACCCAUUUUCUUACUAGUCCGCGUCGCAAAUGGUUUCGUGCUUCAGGCCGUCAGCAUAGGCAGUGUACUGCUAAAGACGAUUACAAACGGAACGUUUACCCGAUUUGUGGUCACUGAUGUGCACUACGUCCCCGCCAUGCCACGAAAGCUGCUUUUUAAUUCUUAG